AUGAGUGCUGUAGAAUUGGACAACAAGGUCAAAGAUUUGUCUCUUGUAGAGAAAGACAAAAAGAAAGAUAAGAAGCAAUCCAAGCAAGGUUCUUUGUAUUUGGAGCCAGAGGCUAGUUUUAUAAAAGAAAGAGACCAGUUAUUCGAGGAAUUACAGAAGAAGUAUAAUGAGGAAAUUGCUGCUAAGCCUAGGGUUCAGAUUACUGUUGUUUUGAAGGAUGGUUCAGAGAAGGAGGCUACAGCUUGGGAAACUACUCCAAUGGCGAUUGCGACGCAGAUUUCUAAGUCGUUUGCUGACAGGCAGUGUAUUUCAAAGGUUAAUGGGGAAUUAUGGGAUUUGGAAAGACCCCUAGAAGGUGAGGAGGGUGAUAAAUUGAAGGUUGAGUUUUUUGACUUUGCUUCUGAUGAGGGCCGUAGGGUAUUCUGGCACUCUUCUGCUCACGUGUUGGGUGAAGCUUGUGAGUGUCAUUUGGGUGCUCAUAUUUGUUUGGGGCCACCUACCGAUGACGGCUUCUUCUAUGAGUUCUCUUGCGGUGACUCCAAGGACCCAGAGAGCCAAGCAAGAACUGUUUCUCAAGCAGACUUCCCAAACUUGGAAGGUGUUGCUAAAAACGUGAUUAAAGAGAAGCAAAAGUUCGAAAGAUUGGUUAUGUCUAAGGAAGAUCUUUUGAAAAUGUUCCAUUACUCCAAAUAUAAGACUUAUUUGGUUCAAACGAAGAUUCCAGAUGGUGGAUCCACUACUGUUUAUAAAUGUGGUAAAUUGAUUGACUUGUGUGUCGGUCCACAUAUCCCUCAUACUGGCCGUAUCAAGGCGUUUAAGCUAUUGAAAAACUCUUCCUGUUACUUCUUGGGUGAUUCUAACAAUGAUUCUUUGCAAAGAGUAUAUGGUAUUUCUUUCCCUGAUAAGAAGUUGAUGGAUGCUCAUUUGAAGUUCUUGGCUGAGGCUUCGAUGAGAGACCAUAGAAAGAUCGGUAGAGAACAAGAGUUGUUCAUGUUCAAUGAAAUGUCUCCAGGUUCUUGUUUCUGGUUACCUCAUGGUACCCGUAUCUACAACACCUUAGUGGACUUUUUAAGAGCGGAGUACCGUACUAGAGGGUACGAGGAAGUUAUCACUCCAAACAUGUACAACUCCAAGUUAUGGGAAACUUCCGGACAUUGGGCUAAUUAUAAGGAGAACAUGUUCACCUUUGAAGUUGAAAAGGAGUCUUUCGGUUUAAAGCCAAUGAACUGCCCCGGUCACUGCUUGAUGUUCAAGUCUCGCGAACGUUCUUAUAGAGAAUUGCCAUGGAGAGUUGCCGACUUCGGUGUUAUUCACAGAAAUGAAUUUUCUGGUGCUUUGUCUGGUUUAACUAGAGUUAGAAGAUUCCAACAAGAUGACGCCCAUAUCUUCUGUACCCACGAUCAAAUUGAAACCGAAAUUGAGAACAUCUUUGACUUCUUGAAGUAUGCAUACGGUGUUUUCGGUUUUGAGUUUAAGAUGGAAUUGUCUACCAGACCAGAAAACUAUGUCGGUGAUUUAGAAACCUGGAACAGUGCUGAAGCCAAACUAGAAUCCGCGUUAGUUAAGUGGGGCGGUGACUGGGAAUUGAACCCUGGUGAUGGUGCCUUCUACGGACCAAAGAUUGACAUUAUGAUUUCUGACGCUUUGAAGAGAUGGCACCAAUGUGCUACAAUUCAAUUGGAUUUCCAAUUGCCUAAUAGAUUCAACUUGGAAUUCAAGGCUAAAGAAAACCAAGAAGGCGAAUGUUACGAAAGACCUGUCAUGAUCCACCGUGCUAUUUUAGGUUCGGUGGAAAGAAUGACUGCCAUCUUGACUGAGCAUUAUGCUGGUAAAUGGCCAUUCUGGUUAUCUCCUCGUCAAGUGCUAGUUGUACCAGUUGGUGUUAAGUACCAGGACUAUGCCCAAUCCGUCAGAGAUCAAUUAGCUGAAGCUGGCUGCUAUGCUGACGUUGACUUGAGUGGCAACACUCUACAGAAGAAGGUUAGAACUGGUCAGUUAUACAAGUAUAACUUCAUCUUUGUUGUUGGUGAGCAAGAGAUGAAUGAGCAAUCUGUUAACAUCCGUAACAGAGAUGUUACUGAUUUGCAAGGCAAGAAUGAAACCGUUAAGCUUGAAACUGUCAUAAGUCAAUUGUUGAAGUUAAAGGAAGAGAGGAGAAGCGACAACAUAUUGAACUAG